CCAAGGUGGUCUUGGAGGAGGGGGGAGGCCGUGACCGGAGUCUAGCUGCCUGCCUGCCUGCCUGCCUGCCUGAGUCCCGACUCCAUCUGCUCGCUGCAGCGGCGACCCCGCGGAGGAUGCGCGCGGCCGACAUCUUGUCUCCCCGCCGUCUCGUCUCCGGUGCGCGUUAACGGCGCGCGGCCCUCGCUCGCUGCUGCGGGCCGUCGCUAUGUGACGUCGCCUCGGAUCGUGUGGCUGCCAUCGUCAGCGACAAUGACGAGCGACGCGCAGGAAAUGUCGCCCGACUUCGUGCUCAUGCGUGUGGUCUCCGCGGCCGAGGAGGACCGCCCGGACGCGGAGAGCGGGGCCGUGGUGACCCACAGCGGCGGCAAGGCGAGCUUGGAUCUCGGCCGAGAGUCGGGCCUCGAGCCUCCCGGCGGAUGCCGGAACAAAGCCCCGGCGAGCGGCGGCGGCGGCGGCGGCCCUGCUGCACCUGACAGCGGCCGAGCCCCGCUGUGCGCGCCGCCUCGGCCGCAGAGCCCCGCGGAGGCCCCGAGCUGCGAGUUCGCUCCCGGACUGCGGCCUCAGCUGCUGGUCUUCUCGGAUCUCAUCCGGACUGGGGACGGGGUCUUGGACCUGGACCGUCUGAACAGGAAUCCUUCGGCCGCGGACCAGAGCUCGGGCGCGGGUGGCUCCCACUUGACUGCCAACAACAACACGCUGGAUCCCGCCGGACUCCAGCAGGAGCAGAACCGGCUGGACGGGACCUGGACCACGCACGCCGCCGUCCCGGUGUCCGCGGAGCCCGCGGAACUCUGCCACCGGCACCGGCCCGAGUGGCCCCUCUUGUCGGGAGGCUCCGGCCCGCUGGCCGGCAUUACUCGGGACCGGGAGGGCGCCGUGCUGGAGCUGGCCCGCAGGUUCGGGGAGCUGGGGGUCGGGGGGGUCCCGAAGAUGCUCUUCAAAGCGGGCGAGCUCCCCCAGUGCGCGUGUCAGGGCGCACACGGGCCCGGCCCGCACGGUGUCGAGCACGCCGACGACCCCGCCGUCACCAGUGACGCUCUGCUGGUUCUGGAAGGACUGGGGAGCGAGGACGUGGCCGGCUUGGGUCUGGAGGACGCGCGGGACGAGGAGCGGCGCAGCGGCAAGAGAGACCUGGUCACCUGUUUACAAGCCCAGGUCGGCGGGCCGCCCGAAGCCCACCUGGACCUGCAGCAGCGGGUCAGCCCGGGAGAACCCCGGGCCACUGUGCCGCUUUCGCACACGCCGACACGGAACUCACCGUGGAGCGGCAGUCCCGCCCGGGACCAGGUGUCCACGCCUCGCAGGAGGCCCGACAGGUGUGCCAGCGUGCCCAGGACCCCCGGCGGCGCCGACAAGACCCUGAAAGUGCCGGGCAAGUCCAAGAAGGGCUCGCUGAAGAUCCGACUCAGCAGAUUGUUCCGGACUAAGAGCUGCAGCGGAUCCACGCACCUUCUGGACAAGAGAGCCUCCGUGACGUCCUCGGUGGUCUCUGCUGGAAGUCUGCUGGACGUGCAAAGUACUUCUGGACCUGUGCUGGACUCGGACAGCCUGAACCAGCCCAGACUGACGCGGGCCCAAAGUGCCUUCUGCCCCGCCUCCUUCUCUUCCUUCACAGGUGAGACGGUGUCUCUGGUGGACGUGGACAUCUCGCGGCGAGGGACAAACACGCCGCACCCUCCCACGCCGCCGCCUCCCCCUCGUCGGAGUCUCAGCCUUUUAGAUGACAUAUGGGGUCCUCAGCCAGGUGCGUCCCUGGUGAGUGUCAUGGGGGCGUCCCUGCAGUCCCUCCCCCUGCCACUCCCCCCUCCCGCCCCUCCCUCCCACGCCACCAUGCAGCACAGCGUCAGCCUCAAUGACGCCUUCCUGCGAGCACUUCCGCAUUCACAUCCAUCGCAGGCCGACGCUCCGCCCGCCGCGAGACAGGCCCCGCCCACCAUGCUCUGUGCGCUCCGCAGGUCCGAAGCCAGCAACUUCACGGCCAGCCUGAGAGAGCUGGAGAAGUGUGGUUGGUACUGGGGUCCAAUGAACUGGGAAGAUGCUGAGAUGAAGCUGAAGGGGAAACCGGACGGAUCUUUCCUGGUCCGAGACAGUUCUGACCCGAGAUACAUCCUCAGCCUCAGCUUCCGCUCGCAGGGCGUCACGCACCACACCCGCAUGGAGCACUACCGAGGCACUUUCAGCCUGUGGUGUCAUCCCAAGUUUGAAGACCGCUGUCACUCGGUGGUGGAGUUUAUCGAGCGAGCCAUCAUGCACUCCAAGAACGGCAAGUUCCUCUACUUCCUGCGCUCCAGAGUUCCAGGACUUCCUCCCACGCCGGUCCAGCUCCUCUACCCGGUUUCCCGCUUCAGCAACGUCAAGUCGCUGCAGCACCUCUGCAGGUUCUGCAUCCGACAAAUAGUCCGCAUCGAUCACAUCCAGGAGCUUCCACUGCCCAGGCCGCUCAUCUCCUACCUGAGUAAGUUUUAUUACUACGACCCCGAGGAAGAGAUGUACCUGUCAAUCAAAAGCAUCCGGGCGGCGUUGACCCCGGCGCGGGAGGCGGAGUCUGACACGUGAUCUCGGCUCCCGGUCCAGAGUGCUGGUCUUGCUUUGCUGCAGAGAAAGUCCUGGUCCCGGUCCCGGUCCCGGUCCCGGUCCGGGUCCCGGUCCAGCUGGCUUGUUGUGUGGACGCCGGAGCAGCGGUGAGGAGAGCACGACUGAGGACAUGAACUGACUCGGUCUGGAGCUCAUCCGCUGGAUUCCAACUGCUUUCUUUGUACCGCCGUCCUUCCCGCCUUUUCCCCCGCCGUCUUCUUUCUUCGUGCGCAAACCGGACGGUUGAAGAUGCUCUCAGGGCAGAUAUACACCCGGGCGUGGUCAUGGCCGACCAUCUUCUGUGGCGCCUCACCGGAAUCAAACACACGCCUUUCAUGCAUCGUCACUGCACGGGCCUCUUUAUUAGGUACACCUCUAAUGCCACACCUUUUUCAUCCGUCAAUCAAACUUGAUCUUUAUAGCACUUUUACAGCAGCGACAAAUAAGAAGGAAGUGAAAAGUGGCACUAAAUAAACAUUAAAUAAAAAUAUUUGCAUACAUAACACAUGAAUUAAACCAUGUAAUAAUAGCCAUGAAUAAAAUAGAAAAUAACACACUAAGAAUGUGUUUAUCGUGAUAGAAAGCCUGAAUAAAAAGGUUUGUCUUUUAUCUUUUUUUAAAUAAAUAUCAACGGGUAUCGAGAAGGAUAAAUAAUAAGGUAAAAAUAAGGUAAAUGACACCUUGGUGAGUGAAUGGCACACUCACUAGCUGUAUUGACACUGCCUUGUGUUUUGUAACGGUCAUCGGUCGUCAACUUGAUUACAAAAGUCACACUUGCAAAUAAGUUAGUUACUUAGUAAAUUCAUUCAUUCAUUCAUUCAAAGUUGAUUUAGAAUAAAAUAGAAUAGUACUUUAUUGAUCCCUGCCCUUAAUCAAAAGUGUCUCAAAGGGCUGCACAAGCCACAACAACAUCCUGGGCUCAGAUCCCACAUCAGGGCAAGGAAAAAACUCAACCCAAUGGUAUGACAAUGACAAACCUUCGAAGCUGUGGGGACCCCUAUCUCUAUGUUACUCUGGCGGUAUCUAGUGGUGGAGGGGUGGGUGACAUUACACCUCUAAUAGGAUUUGCGUGUAUUUCAAAAGAAAAUGCUCACGUUCAUUCGGUUUUCAUGGAAAGAGCGUCGUAAAAUAACAGGUUUACAGUAUGUUGAAAACGGCUAAUAUAAAGGGAGUCAAUGGGAGGACACAAAGGGUACUAAAGAACUACAAUGUAUACCCACUCAAUAGCUCGGGAUCAAAAUAACAAUUUGACAAAGAACGGACAAUGCACAUUUUUGAGAUUCAUUCAUAUUUCAUCCUGCUAAUUUUUAAAAGGAACACUCUGUUGCAUGAAGUCAUCUUCAUAGGCAAUAAAAAGACCCACAAAGGUCCCAGGGUGACACACACACAAGUUGUUGUUCAAGACUUGUGGGGACCCCCAAAGGUGACUGUGUAAACAGAGUGAUGUCCCCACUAAGUCAGCAUUGCCAGAACACACACACACACACACACACACACACACACACACACACACACACACACACACACACACACACACACACACACACGUUAUUGUUCAGGACUUGUGGGGACCCCUAAAGGUGACUGUGUAAACAGAGCGAUGUCCCCACUUUGUCAGCAUUGCCAGAACACACACACACACACACACACACAUACACACACAUACAAGUUGUUGUUCAGGACUUGUGGGGACCCCUAAAGGUGACUGUGUAAACAGAGCGAUGUCCCCAUUAAGUCAGCAUUGCCAGAACACACACACACACACACACACACACACACACACACACACACACACAAGUUGUUUAGGACUUGUGGGGACCCCUAAAGGUGACUGUGUAAACAGAGCGAUGUCCCCACUGAGUCAGCAUUGCCAGAACACACACACACACACACACACACACACACACACACAAGUUGUUGUUCAGGACUUGUGGGGACCCCUAAAGGUGACUGUGUAAACAGAGCGAUGUCCCCACUAAGUCAGCAUUGCCAGAACACACACACACACACACACACACACGUUGUUGUUCAGGACUUGUGGGGACCCCUAAAGGUGACUGUGUAAACAGAGCGAUGUCCCCACUAAGUCAGCAUUGCCAGAACACACACACACACACACACACACACACACGUUGUUGUUCAGGACUUGUGGGGACCCCUAAAGGUGACUGUGUAAACAGAGCGAUGUCCCCACUAAGUCAGCAUUGCCAGUACACACACACACACGCACGCACGCACGCACGCACGCACGCACGCACGCACGCACGCGCACACACACACACACACACACACACAAGUUGUUGUUCAGGACUUGUGGGGACCCCUAAAGGUGACUGUGUAAACAGAGCGAUGUCCCCACUAAGUCAGCAUUGCCAGAACACACACACACACACACACACACACACACACACACACACACACACAAGUUGUUGUUCAGGACUUGUGGGGACCCCUAAAGGUGACUGUGUAAACAGAGCGAUGUCCCCACUAAGUCAGCAUUGCCAGAACACACACAAGUUGCUGUUUAGGACUUGUGGGGACCCCUAAAGGUGACUGUGUAAACAGAGCGAUGUCCCCACUAAGUCAGCAUUGCCACAACACACACACACACACACACACACACACACACACACACACACACACACACACACACACACACACACACACACACACACACACACUUCUCAGUGAUCAUACAAUAUUCAUGUGCCAGGGCGGGUGUCGGAGAUGCUGUACCUAAUGAAGUGGCCUUGGCAUGUCAAAGAAAGCUCACAGAACAGAAUGUCUUAAAAGCUUUUAAUUGCUGAAAAACUCUCUGCAAAUCGCAGUCUGUGCAUCUGUAAAAUGAUUCACGUGUCCGGGUACUAAUUUGUGUGUCUGUAUCUCAAUCUGUAUGUGUGUGUGUGUGUGUGUAAUCAGAUCAGCGUGUGUUUGAAUUUGUGUGUCCUUAUUUCGACACAGAUUGAUAGACACACAAAUUAAUACACGCACAUGCAGAUCUGAUUACACACACACACACACACACACCACAGAAUGAGAUACAGACACACAAAUUAAAACACGUACACACGGAUCUAAUUACACAGAAACACACACAGAUUGAUGUACAGAAACACAAAUUAAAACACAUACACAUGGAUCUAAUUACACACACACACUGAUUGCGAUACAGACACACAAAUUAAAAAAUGUACACACGGAUCUAAUUACACACACAUACGCACAGAUUGAGAUACAGACACAUUUAGACACAAACAUGUGGAUCUAAUUACACACACACACAGACUGAUUUACAGAGACGUUAAUACACACACAUGCAGAUCUGAUUACACACACAAAAACACACACACACAUACACAGAAUGAGAUACAGACACACAAAACACGUACACAUGGAUCUGAUUACACGCACGCACAUGCACACACACAGAAUGAUAUACGGACACACAAAUUAAAAACACAUACACGUGGAUCUGAUUACAUACGCACACACACACUGAAUGAGAUACAGACACACAAAUUUAAACACGAACACGCGGAUCUAAUUACACACACACAGAUUGAUUUACAGACAUACAAACUAAUACACACACAUGCAGAUCUGAUCACACACACACACACACACAAAUAUUGAUUUACAGACACAAAAAUUAAAUACACGCACACAGAUCUAAUUACACUGACACACGUAAGGAGAUACACACACACAAAUUAAAACAUUCAUUAGAUCUAAUUACACACACACACACACACACGGAUUGUGAUACAAACACAAAUUAAAACACGAUCACACAGAUCUAAUUACACACAAACACAGAUUGACACACAAAUGAAUACACACACAUGCAGAUCUGAUUACACACACAGACUCAUACACACACACACAGAUUGAUUUACAGACACACACGUUAAAACACGUUCAUGCGGAUCUAAUUACACACACACAGAUUGAUUUACAGACACACACAUUAAAACACGUACACGCAGAUCUAAUUACACACACACAUAAUGAUUUACAGCAACACACUAUAACACGUACGCGUGGAUCUUAUUACACACACAUACACACACAUACACAGAUUAAGAUACAGAUCCACAAAUUAAAGCAUGCACAUGUGGAUCUAAUUACACACACACAGAUUGAUUUACGGACACACACAUUAAAACACGUACACCCAGAUCUAAUUACACACAUACACAUUUAGAUAAACACAAUUACACACACACACACAGAUUGAGAUACGGACACACAAAUUAAAACACAUACACACGGAUCUAAUUACACACACGCACACACACACACACAAACACACGGAUUGAGAUACAGACACACAAAUUAAAACAUGCACAUGUGGAUCUAAUUACACACACAGAUUGAUUUUCGGACACACACAUUAAAACACGUACACGCAGAUCUAAUUACACACAUACACAUUUAGAUGGACACACACACACACACACAGAUUGGGAUACAGACACACAAAUUAAAACACAUACACACAGAUCUAAUUACACACACACACAGAUUGAGAUGCAGACCCACAAAUUAAAACACGCACAAGCGGAUCUAAUUACACACACAGAUUGAUUUUCGGACACACACAUUAAAACAUGUACACACAGAUCUAAUUACACACAUACACAUUUAGAUAAACACAAUUACACACACACACACACACACACACACACACAGACACAGACACACAAAUUAAAACACAUACACACGGAUCUAAUUACACACACACACACAGACACACACACACACAGAUUGAGAUACAGACACACAAAUUAAAACACGCACAUGUGGAUCUAAUUACACACACACAGAUUGAUUUACGGACACACACAUUAAAACACGUACACGCAGAUCUAAUUACACACAUACAAAUUUAGAUGGACACACACACACACACACACAGAUUGAGAUACAGACCCACAAAUUAAAACACACACACAGAUCUAAUUACACACACACACAGAUUGAGAUACAGACCCACAAAUUAAAACACGCACAUCUGGAUCUAAUUACACACACAGAUUGAUUUUCGGACACACACAUUAAAACAUGUACACACAGAUCUAAUUACACACAUACACAUUUAGAUAAACACAAUUACACACACACACACACACACACACACACAGAUUGAGAUACAGACACACAAAUUAAAACACAUACACACGGAUCUAAUUACACACACACACAGACACACACACACACAGAUUGAGAUACAGACACACAAAUUAAAACACGCACAUGUGGAUCUAAUUACACACACACAGAUUGAUUUACGGACACACACAUUAAAACACGUACACCCAGAUCUAAUUACACACACACACACACACACACACACACACACACACACACACACAGAUUGAGAUACAGACACACAAAUUAAAACACGCACAUGUGGAUCUAAUUACACACACACAGAUUGAUUUACGGACACACACAUUAAAACACGUACACCCAGAUCUAAUUACACACAUACAGAUUUAGAUAAACACACUCACACACACACACACACACACACACACACACACAGAUUGAGAUACAGACACACAAAUUAAAACACGCACAUGUGGAUCUAAUUACACACACACAGAUUGAUUUACGGACACACACAUUAAAACAUGUACACCCAGAUCUAAUUAUACGCAUACACAUUUAGAUAAACACACACACACACACAGAUUGAGAUACAUACACACAAAUUAAAACACGCACAUGUGGAUCUAAUUACACACACACACAGAUUGAGAUACAGACACACAAAUUAAAACACGCACAAGCGGUUCUAAUCACACACACAGAUUGAGAUACAGACCCACAAAUGAGUCAGAUUACAGACUGAGGUACACCUUUGCAAAUAGUUGUCUAAAAUAACUCUUGCACAGUUUAGAAGUGAAUGAGUGAAAAAGAAGUCCAAGAAGUAGUCUUCUUCUCCUCUCAGCCCUGCAAGUCUUCUUUGCAUUUUUCCACAGCUUCUGGUUGGAUCUUUCUCAACAGGUUCCAUUGUGUGUUUUUUUUUAAACUAUUAUUAUUAUUGUUCUCAUCAUUCUGAAAAGGUUUUGAUGUCAGGAGCUUUCACCAAAGACAAACAAUGUCAUGGACAUGUCAUGUUGUUUAUUAACAGCCUACAUUUCCCAUCAUGCCUUGCUCCACGCUGUGUAUAUCUGCCAGGACGCACCUCUACCUGUCCACGUGUGGAAAAACAUUGUUGUUUUUUUAAGUAAAGACAAAAAUAAACUUGAA